AUGACUUCUUUUGCUGUAUUUGCUCAGCAGGCAUGGAAGCUUUUUGUGGCUGAGAGGAAGCCCGGAUGGAAGAAUUUUGGGCCUCUGUUUGCAAUCUGCAGCUCUGUCAGUUUAAUAGCAAAUGUGCUCCUGUUCCUAGCUGGAUAUUCCUUAUUAAUGGACUAUCCCAAAAUUUCUGUAGUCGUGUUCGUCUUUCCCUGGAUUACUCUUUCCAUUGGAUUGUGCUUCUUCCGCUGUCUACGCUGUUUUGUUGCUCUCUUCUUCCUUUCCUGCGGACUGCGUGAAGGAAGGAACAGCUUAAUUGCUGCUGGGACUGGUAUAGUGGUAGCUGGAAACAUCCAGAAUGUUUUCCACAACCUCAAGCAGCUGGCAAAUAGCGUAACUUGCAUCCUUCAGUCCCAGCAUUUCUCCUUUCUCAGGAACUACAUUAAAGCAAUUUGGUGGGUUUACUCUCAGACCAAAGUCCUGAGCAACCCUUUUAAAGAUGUAGUGUCACUGGAUGACAAGUUGAAUGUGUCUUACUUGGUGUUGGAUGUAGAUGCGAAACUCAGGAUGAACAAGACAAUACUACGCGUCCAGAAUGUCGCCAACCAGAUCUCCUCCAUACUAGCCCUACAGUCGUGUCUGGGGAAGAAAGUGCUCCCUCUACUGGGGACUGCUUUCAUUCUUCUUGGGACAUAUCUCUUCCUCCGAAAAUUCCUGAGUCCGCACAAUCUCAAGUUUAAGAACACUUACAUUACACAGGAGUUUAUUAGAUACAAUGAGGCUCUGUGGCAGCAACGGAAGCUCUCGGUCCUUCCCCUCAGUAAAGAAGAAAGGAAGGUAUACACAAUGGUCCCAGCUUUUUGCCAGACGCACAAAGAAAGGAAGUGCACGGCACGCUUUUUUCUGCCCGUGCUUGCUAACUUUUGCAUUUGGGCUCUCUUUGCAGCAGUAGAUUAUUUGCUUUACUGGCUCAUUUUUUCAAUGAGCAAGCAUCUCCAAGAUUUCCCUGAGCUAGAGGUCCAUUUGAAAUUGUAUUACCACAAUAAUGCUUAUAAAUUCAUCUUCAAUAAUGGGGAGAUAGCUGACAACAAGACUUCCUUUAAGAUUCCUCUCUUUGAGCAAGCCUGUAUCCCCAAACCAAGUUUUUCCCUCUCUGCAACAUGGACCCAACUGGGAGCCAUCGUCUUCUCUUUAACAGUGCUUGGGCUGUUGACUUCUACGCUUACACAACUUAAAAUACUGGUGACAACUUCGUUCUUUCCUAGCACAGACUUGAAACGGAUAGAGUAUCUGCACAAAAAAUUAUUAAACAGAAGAUCAAAGCUCUCAGAGAGAAACGUGAAAAGGAAACCAAACUCGUUUGCAACGUUACAUUUCUGGUUCCCAAUCCUCCAAGCAAUGAGAAAUCCCAGGAAGAAAGAAACAGUUGUGGCAAAAGGCAACAGCUUUUAACAAUGUAAAGGUAGUGUUUAAAGAAAUCCAUCGAUCUAUGACUGAAUUUAUUUUUGGUGGAUUUGACUUUGCUUACACUGCUUCACUCUUCUCGCCUCUGAAUCUCACCUCAUCAUUCAGUUUUGAAGUCAUCAAAAUGUACAUAGUUGUUAUCCUGACACUCUGUCGAAGAAAUCUCUCUGUAAUUAAGAUAUUUCUUUUAAUAUUGGUUCAAUCUGCCUCCUUGUGCCUUUUGUGAGAAUUCAGACUUUCCCCUUUCCUUGCUGCCACUUUCCUCUGAUCUACCACUGUUCUUUUGUGUGGGUGGAUAUUUUCUUUCCCGUUGUAUAUCUAACAUCACCCAAGUGUCAUCAGUCCCUCCAGCCACCUUCCACUUCAUGUUUUAUUUUUCACAGAUGAAAGAACUUUAGCUUUUGACUCGACAUGAACGAUGCAGAUUAGAAAUGAAGGGUUUUAGUUAUUUGAAGCCAAUUAGGUUUACUAGAUUCCUUUUCUAACGUUGCUUCUAGUGGUGCUGUGACCUCAAAUUCCCCUUCUCCUCCUUCGUUCUUGUGUGCACCCAUGACACUGUUUAUAAAAACCUCAACUUGCUUCUUUGAUUCACGCUUCCCAUCCACAUUCUAAAAUGCAGAACUUCCUUCUUCUUUUUUUAAAGGAAAUGAAAAAAAGAUGUCAACUUUGCUGCAGAAAAAUCUCCAGAGCAGAUCAGCUGCAGUUUGAAAAAUUAAUGAUGGGCUGACCCAGUUGUCUUGGGAUGGAAAUCCAAACUGGCAGGAUCCAGGCCAGUGACACCCCUGAAGUAUGACCUAUAUGUAAUGUACAGGACACUGAAAGGUUGUGUGUUUUUCUUUAUCUUUUUUCAUCUAAAAUCUCAAUACUGUGAAUGACUCAUUUCCCUAGAGAAAUUACUUCACACUUGCAUUUUGACAUGCUUUGGGUCAUGGUUCAACUCUUCAUUUUCAUGCACUGGGAGCAUGCAUUUGUACUAGUGGGUUUGCAAAUAAAAGGCUGGAGGGCUCAGAGAGAUACUGGAGUAUGGGGAACUGAGGCCUUAGCUAGACGGGGCGAACCCCGGGAUCGUCCCUGUGCAUCCACAUGACACACAGGGGAUCCCGGGAUCAGGGAGGGAUGAUCCCUCCCUUGCCCCGGGAUCUUGCCCUACACUUUGGCUCCGGUUUUUCCGCAGUCCCGGGCUGAGCCCGAGACCGCGGAACGUGUGGUCCGUAGCCGUGGAGCUGGUAGCUGCGCACGGGGCGCAGUGCUUCUUAGGAGCGCUGCGCCCAUCGGGGGUAGGGUAGGGGGAGCGGGAAUUUAAAUUAUUUUUUAAAAAAACGCUUACCUUUAGCAUACGAGUGUUCGUGCGCUCCUUCCUCUUUAUUUUAUUUUUUAAAUGGUGGAUGCAAUGCCUCUCCUGCUCAGGUCGUCACGUGUCACGUCUAAACAGAGGAGGGAUCUCACGAUAAACACAUGUCGGGAUCUUCCCUCCUCCAUCGUGGGAUAAAAGGUAGGUCUAGCUAAGGCCUUUGUAUUCUUUUCCAAGUUCAGGGAUAGAAACAACAGAGCAGGUCAUUACUAAGUUGUAAACCUUAUGUGUGGCCUGUCUGGGUCCCAGGUUCAAUCCCAGUCAUCUCUAGUUAUAGGCCCUUAUCUAUUAGGGCUGGGAAUACUUUUGCCUGAGAUUAGCGUAUUAG